AUGGAGGAACAACCGACAUCAGGUUCUUCGUUUCCUAGUGAUCUAACCACAGAGAUACUCUUACGGCUGCCUGCAAAAUCCGUUGGGAGGUUUCGUUGUGUGUCGAAGCUUUGGUUAUCAAUCAGCACCGAUCAAUAUUUCAUCAAGUCUUUCGGAGCUACAAGGCCAAGUGUUCUACUCUGCUCAAUAAACAGUCACAAUUUGUUUGUUGCCUCGACUAGUCAUCAGAGUUUAAUCAGGUCUUACUCUAUUUCUCAGCCUAUUCAUCGUUAUCCUAUGAAAUUUCCAGGAGAGCAUUGUUACUUCUUCGAUAUGGAUUCUGUGCACGGCUUGAUCUGCAUCAUAGAUGCAAAAUCCAAAAUGCCCCUAGUUUUGAACCCUAGCAUGAAUCAAUUGUUACUUUUACCCAAACCCAAUAUGAGCUCGAGACAUGCACACGUGUUUUUAGGAUACGAUUUAAUCGAAGGCAAACACAAAGUAAUGUGCCUUCCUAAUAAAAAAACAUGCUACGUUUGCCGAAUUUUUACUUUGGGAUCCGGGCAAGAAUCAUGGAGAACCGUUAGAACUAAGCUGAAGCAUAGUCUUCGUGGCGAUGCUUCUGGUCAAUGCAUCAAUGGGGUGAUAUACUAUCUGGCUUAUAAUCCAAAUUAUGAUAGGGUUAUAAUGAGCUUUGAUGUCAGAUCCGAAAUAUUCCGUAUGCUAGAACUACCCUCAAGUAUUCAUUAUAGGGGUGUGCUGAUAUCUUACGAAGGAAGAUUAGGUUGUAUUGACGGAGAUAAUAAUACAAGAUUGUGGAUUUUGGAGGAUGCUGAUAAACAUAAGUGGUUGUUUCAAGAUUUUCGCGUACCUUUGCAUAUGUGGACUCUGAAUCUUUCGAGUGAAGAAAAUAACUAUUUUCAAGAUUUUUAUAACCGUUUUGAACUAAAAGGUUGCACUCAUGCUGGUGAGUUUAUUUAUGUGCCUUCCUGGUUCCACAAAUCAGCGUCUUUUAUUGUGUUCUACGAUCCCGUGAGAAACAGUUGUAGAAGACUCAAAUUUAAAGGAAGUGUGGAUGAGCUCAAUAUGCAUGUCUUCCCGAAUCACAUUGAAACUCUUAUGUCUUUGUAA